AUGCCCUCAAACCCCUCCAUGCAGGUUCUCCACAAGGGGCCUGCCUGUCCUGCCUGCACUGGAGGACAGUGACUGGAGGAUGCAGUGACUUCCCCCUGUGGACACACCUUCUGCUGGCUCUGCCUCUCCCCACCCUCCCAGAUGGGGUCCCAGCCCUCGGGCAGGGUCCUGCUAUGCCCGCUCUGCAAGGAGGAGGAGCAGACAGAGACUUUCAUGGCCCCUGUGCCCCUGGGCCCUCUGGGGGAGACUUACUGUGAGGAGCAUGGCGAAAAGAUCUACUUCUUCUGCGAGAACGAUGCUGAGUUCCUCUGUGUGUUCUGCCGAGAGGGUCCCAUUCACCAGACCCACACUGUGGGGUUCCUCGAUGAGGCCAUUCAACCCUACCGGGAUCGUCUCAAGAGUCGGCUGGAAGCUCUGAGAAUGGAGAGAGAUGAGAUUGAGGACAUAAAGUGUAGGGAAGACCAGAAGCUCCAAGUGCUUUUGACUCAGAUUGAAAGCAAGAAGCAACAGGUAGAAGCAGCUUUUGAGAGGCUGCAGCAGGAGCUGGGGGAACAGCGGUGUCUCCUGCUGGACGGGCUGAGGGAGCUGGAGCAGGAGAUCCGGAAGGAGAGGGAUGACUACCACACAAAGGUGUCUGAGGAGGUCACUCGGCUUGGAGCCCAGGUCAAGGAGCUGGAGGAGAAGUGUAAACAGUCAGCAAGUGAGCUUCUACAAGAUGUCAGAGUCAACCACAGCAGGUGUGAAAUGAAGACUUUUGUGAGUCCAGAGGCCAUUUCUCCUGACCUUGUCAAGAAGAUCCGCAGUCUCCACAGGAAAAUACUCACCCUCCCAGAGAUGAUGAGGACGUUCUCAGAAAACUUGGUGCAUCAUCUGGAAACAGAUUCAGUGGUCAUCACUCUGGACCCCCAGACCGCCAGCCGGAGCCUGGUCCUCUCCGAAGACAGGAAGUCGGUGAGGUACACCCGGCAGAAGGAGCACCUGCCCGACGGUCCCCUGCGCUUCGACGGUCUCCCGGCGGUGCUGGGCUCCCCGGGCUUCUCCUCGGGGCGCCACCGCUGGCAGGUGGAGGUGCAGCUGGGCGACGGCGGCGGCUGCACGGUGGGGGUGGCCGCUGAGGGGGUGGGGAGGAAGGGCGACAUGGGCCUGAGCGCCGAGGAGGGCGUCUGGGCUGUGAUCAUGUCGCACCAGCAGUGCUGGGCCAGCACCUCCCCGGGCACUGACCUGCCACUGAGCGAGAUCCCGCGCGGCGUGGGCAUCGCCUUGGACUACGAGGCCGGGCGCGUGACCCUCCUCAACACCGAGACGCAGGCUCCCAUCUUCACCUUCACCGCCUCUUUCUCUGGCAAAGUCUUCCCUUUCUUUGCCGUCUGGAAAAAAGGUUCCUGCCUUACUUUGAAAGGCUGA